AUGAGUAAUUCAAAAGCUACUGGAAGUACAGAAGCUAUUUUAGCAGACCAUUCAAGUAUUGAUGUUUCUCCAGCUCAAGUUGAAGAAAAUUUAAGACUUAUUGAAGAUUUAAAAUUCUUUUUAGCAACAGCUCCAGCUAAUUGGCAAAAAAAUCAAAUCAUUAGAAGAUAUUAUUUAAAUCACGAUGAAGGUUUUGUAUCAUGUGUUCUUUGGAAUAAUUUAUAUUUCAUUACAGGUACUGAUAUUGUCCGUUGUAUUGUUUACAGAUUUGAACAAUUUGGUAGAGAAAUUACUGAUAGAAAGAAAUUUGAAGAAGGUAUAUUUUCAGAUUUAAGAAGUUUAAAAUGUGGUUCAGAUGCUGUAUUAGAAGCUUCAAAAUCACCAUUCUUGGAAUUUUUAUACAAAAAUUCAUGUCUUAGAACUCAAAAAAAGCAAAAAGUUUUCUUUUGGUUUAGUGUUCCUCAUGAUAAAUUAUUUGCUGAUGCAUUAGAAAGAGAUUUGAAAAAGGAAAUCAUGUCACAAAAUGGUACUACAAGAUCUAAAAAUGAACCUUCAUUAUCAUUUCAAUAUGAUGAUUCUAAACCUUUAUAUGAACAAUUGGUUGAUCAUUUAGAAAAUAAGAAGAAAUUAUAUGCAUCUUCAGAUGUUUCAUCAAUAAGUGGAGAUUUAAUAAGUGAUCAACAAUUACCACAAUCUUCACAAACAACAGAAAUUGAACCUUCACAAAUUGAACCACAAACUUUUUAUAUUAAAGAAGAAGAAGAUAAUCAAUUUAAUGUGAUACGAGAAGAUAAUGAUUUCCCAUUAGAUUAUUUCCCUAUACAUGAAAGUAACGAACCAGUUAUGAUUGAUCCAUCUGUUUUCAUAAAUCCACCAGAUGUUUAUAAUGAUCAAUAUUUAAUUGAUCAAACAUAUGCUAAAACACCUUAUAAUGAAGUUACUUUUGAUACAGAUGAUACAGAUGAUCAAUUUAUUCCUGUGUCAGCUUAUCGUCCAGGAUUAUUCCCACCUCCUUCACAUUAUUAUAAUACAGGUGUUGGUGCUCCAAAUAUACCAAAUUUACCAAAUACAAAUCCUUAUGGUCCACCACCAGCUCAACCACAAUUUAUAACAAAUGGUCAAUUUUAUGAUCAACAAGAAGAAGAUGGAAGCUUUAAUGAUUUAUCAGGUAUUCCAGAUUAUCCUGUACAAGGAAUGAUUCCACCAAGUACAACAACAAAUCCAUAUUAUGCUGGUUAUUCAGCUCCACCACCACCACCAUCAGUUACAGCAGCAGCAUUUGCAGCAGCUAGUGCAGCAGCAGCAGCUCAACAUCAACAAUAUUAUUAUGAUCAACAACAACAAUUUGCACCUCAAUUCCCACCACAAGCUCAUUAUUAUCCAAGAUUUGUUGAUGAAAUGAAUGAAGAUGGUGAUGAUGAAUUAUAUACAGGAUUUAAUGGACCUCCACCACCAGGACAAAUUAGAUCACCAUUUAGUAGAGGAUUCCCAUCAUUCCAAGCAGCUGCUCCACCUACAUCAGCUUCAAGACUAAGGCACCAACAAUUCCCACCUGUGAACAAUAAUAAUAAUCAUAGUAAUAGAAAUAAAACAAGUGGGAAAGUUUCUAAACCUGGAAGAAAUUCAAAUAGUAAUCCAUUAAGUCAAAGUGGAUUGAAAAAAGUUGAACAAGAUUUACAACAAAAGGGUAAGAAUUCUAAUGGGAAAGAAAGAGAGAGAGAAAGUAUAGGUUCAAGUUCAAGAGAUUUAGAUAAUGGGGCAACUGAAGAUGAUGUUGAAUAUAAUUCAUUACCAACACCAGAAUCUACAGCACCAGAUCCAUGGCAUAAUUUUAAUAGUACAGCAAGUAUAAAUCAUGAACAAGUUGAAAAAAUUAAAUUAGAAACUACAGAACAACGUGAUACUUCUGAAUUGAAUGAUUUUUUGGAGGAUAAAAUAUAUGAUGAAGGUGAUGACAAGGAAUAA